AUGGCUGGUGCAAAUAGUAUACCAAGGCAGCAGGGGUUUGUGUUUCACGACAUAAAGCAAGAAGUGGAUCGUAGUAGCAUUCCUGGUCAUGCCAGUACUGACGACCCACACUACACUCCGCUACCGCCACCCCCCUCAACUCCUCAGUGGAGUGCUGCCAACAAUAAUAACAGCAAAUUGACCACGGGAACCUAUUCAAACAAUGCUGGAGAAGAUUCCUCAAAGAAGCAAGUUUCUCAGAAAAAAAGGCCCUUGGCCUGUGUCAAUUGCCGGUACAGUAAGCUUAAAUGUCAGUUUUCAUCGACUGCUGAACCACGGACAUGUGAUAGAUGCAGAUUACAAGGCGUAGUUUGUAAAGUAGAAGGGAGAUCUGAGGAACGACAACAUUUUGAAGAAUUCUCCUCGAGGUUAUCAAGAGUUGAGGAUUUGUUGGAUCGACUGAUUGGAAAAAUCGAAGCUAGUUAUCCUCCUGCGGUUCCUCCUGAACAUAGCCUACCGCCUGUACAUGCUCAGGAAACAGCAGUGUCUUUGCAGAAAAGGCAUAGUAGCUCUGCUAGUCUGGGUAAUGGUACCUCGAUUCCUCAGUCUCCCGCUUCAUCUGUCUCCACCAGCACUUUAUCGUCACCAGUUGUGUUGAAGAACAAUCCCGUCAUAUGGCGCAAGAGGGACCGAAAGCCGGGCGGAACGGCUAAAGAACUAUUAUCUGAACUUAACAACAAUACUGGGGGCCCCCCUUCACCUGGGCCCAUCGACUACCAAGAUGAGGAGCCACCCAGUCUGCCUGCCAAGAGGAUAAAGCUGACUCCUGAAGCACCGGGCCGAGACUUGAUUGACCGCGGUUUGAUCAAUGCCUCUGAAGCUGACGAGUGUCUAAUGUUCUUCAGUACCAACAUCUCUCGCUAUCUGCCUGUACUGGUUUUGAACUACGUCGUAUACUUUGAUUCUUCUGUCAGGCAGAGAUCUCCUCUGCUGUUUGCUUCCGUUCUCGCUGUGGCAUCCCUCUACCAUCCAUCUUAUCGAAACAGACAUAGGGUUUUCCGUAAAGAAUUUGAAACUCUGGCUGAGAAAAUGGAUAGACCACGGAUCGACUUACUUGACUCAAAUGCAAAUAGCCAGCAUGAUAUUCAGCCAUUGCUAGACGAUAUAUUGGCUCUUAUUAUUGCUGGAGCAUGGAUCGGUGGCGAGCUCGGUUUCCGGGCGAGUCUUGUAGCAAGUGAAAUGUUCGGUUAUUUGCUCCCGAAAGACCCUCAAAACUAUCGAUUCGAAGAUCAGACCAGAUCGAUGCUGGGUGCGAUUGGGUUGGUAACUUAUAUAAUUGAAAAGCGGCUGCGAAUCAUUCAUGACAGACCCAGCCAACUUCCACCAGACGCAUUGAGUAAUAGACGUGACCAGUAUCUGCCCGUGUUUCUAUCAGGUUUGUCGGGAAAUUUGAAACCUUUACGGUCCAUCGAUCCUUCGGAGCUGAAGGCUACGGCCAAUGUUGAACUAUGCACAUUAAUGAUGAUGUACCAACAAGAAUUAAGUCAUAAGGUAGAAGCUCAUGUUAUGACGCAUUGGAAUACUCAGUUGGACAAGUGGUUGUCAGAAUGGAUGGGUAAACUUACAACUCAUUUAAAGCCUUCAACUUGGAAGCCUCUAAUGCUUACAUUUCAUUAUGCUAAAUUGUUUUUGAAUUUACGCAUCAUUCAAGACACAACUCCUAGCGUCGAAGAGAACACAACAUCGGCAGAUGGCACAUCUGCGACAAACCUUCUCGAAGCAGGUUUCAUCCAUUUUGUUACUCUUGCAGAAAAAGCUGCUUUGGACGUUCUUAAUAUGCUUGUUUUUGACGAAGAUAUCCAAAGGAUGGUGCGGGUGGGUCCUGUGUUUUAUCCCACCAUCUUCGUAACUGCGGGAGCUUUCUUAUUGAAGUUAUUGUGUAUUGGACCAAUUAUCCGAUACCAUGUGAAUGAAGAUAUCCUGGUCUCAAUGGUAGCUCAGGCGACGGCAAGACUUGAAGAGUCAUUGGCAUCAGAUAUCCUUCCCUGUUACGUAACUGUCAGAAAUCUUGGUGAUGCAUUAACGAAAGUAGUCAAGAUUCUAGAAUCAACGGGCAGAUAUUCUGCAGAUGGAACACUCUCUACAAAUUAUGACAAGUUGUCAACGGAUCAAAAGGAUACUAAGGGUCAGAGCUCAGACCGUGGUCACGUUCCUAAUGGUUUGAAUAUUGUCCAUGUACCUUUACCCAUGGACUCUACUCAACCAGUGCCUCCCACUGGGCAUAAUAUACAGACCAGCGGACCCUUUGAAGGACAGCCCAUCCUUGCAAGUGCAAACUACCAAUGGUCAUUUGUGUCUGCUUAUUCACAACCUCUCCAAGUUCAACAAUUUCUACCAGUUCCACCUGCUCACCCACCUCCCUUGUCGCAAGGACAGCCUAGACUUGUCCCCGAAGGGAUGGAGCCUUUACUACAUCCGGAGGAGCCAGUACCACCCUCACCGCCGCAGCCUCUACCUACCAAUGGAUCUGGACAAUGGCCUCUUGGUGGAGAAGGAUUCAGAAAUGUUUACAACAGCGAUCCAAAUUUCCUAAUGGAUGCACAUAGUACGAAUCUUCUUCAAUCACUAUUUGAGUCUCAGUUCAUGAAUGGUUCAUAG